AUGGAGCUUCCUGAAGAGUACACCCCAUUAAUUCAAAGUCUCACCCCUGGUGAAUGGAACGAUGGCCGCAAACGGUUCGUGGCUACGACCAACGACGACAUCUUGGGUUCCGGAGGAGUCGGCGACGUCAUGUUAGUAUGUAAAAAAGGCGGAAUUGCACAGAGAACGCGUUUGACGGUCGUCUUGUACGUUCCUGGUAUCUCCGUGAAUCUCAUAUCCGUGCGACAGCUCACCGAGAAAGGUUUCAGAGUCGAGCUCAAAGACUGGUGCGAGGUGAAAGACCAAAACGGAAAGGUGUUCCGUGGCUUCUCCCUCGGUCAACAGUUUGUACCGGCUCGAAGAUUGUACUGGCAGUGUCCUUGCUACGUCGACGGAGAAGAAGAGUCGAGAAGGUCGAGAAACCGAAAAGGACUCAGUGUGACGCUUCGGAUGAAUUCCAUCAAGUCGUUUGUUAGUUCGACGGUGCAGACGUACCAAGGGGCUCGGGGAGCCGUCGAGUCUGAGUCGACAGAGCGGACUAAUCCUAUCAGGCCCGAAACCCAGGCCAUACUGCAGGAGAGUCCAGGAGCUCUCACGAGUUCAGCAGAGAGGUUCCCUUUCACCGGACAAGGGCGUGUGAAUCAACUUGGAGGUGUUUUCAUAAAUGGACGACCUCUGCCGACCCACGUACGAUUGAAAAUAGUAGAAAUGGCUGCGGCCGGUGUACGGCCUUGUGUGAUCUCUCGACAGCUGCGGGUAUCCCACGGCUGUGUGUCCAAAAUUCUCAAUAGAUACCAGGAGACUGGUUCGAUACGUCCCGGAGUGAUCGGAGGCUCCAAGCCACGUGUCGCGACACCUGAUGUAGAGAAACGCAUUGAAGAUUACAGAAAAGAAAAUCCCGGUAUUUUCUCGUGGGAAAUUAGAGAUCGACUCGUCAAAGAAGGCAUUUGCGAUCGGAACACGGCGCCCAGUGUCAGUUCAAUCUCUCGUCUUCUCAGAUCCAACAAUCCACCAUCCUUGAGCGGGAUCGGUGGAAAGCACAAGCACACGAUCGAUGGAAUACUCGCGGAUUCAAGAAAAGACGAAGAACACGAUUCGGAGGUCAAAGUCGGAAUAACAUUGAAGAGAAAACAAAGGCGGUCUCGAACGACCUUCACAGCUCAGCAAUUAGACGAAUUGGAAAAAGCCUUCGAGCGGACACAGUAUCCGGAUGUUUACACACGAGAAGAGCUCGGACAGAGAACGCGCUUAACAGAGGCCAGAGUACAGGUGUGGUUCAGCAAUCGACGAGCGAGGUGGCGGAAGCAAAUGGGAGGACAUCAGCAACCGCAUCAAGCUCAGCACAUGGGUGGAUUCUCGGCGUUGGGUCUACCGUCGGCUUCGGCGACGACUUCUCCCUAUGUUUCAGCAGGAUCUGCGGUGACUACGGUCGGAAGCUCCUCCAGUUCAUCGGUGGCAGCAGCAGUAGCAGCUGCCACCGUUGCGUACGGAGGUCUGCUGAACGAAGGGGGCAAUUCUCCUCCUAGCAGCUAUGUGUCGCACAUACCGUCCCAACAACCGCAGCAAUCUUCGAACACAGCGCCGAACAGCGCCAGUAACGCACAUGGUCCAGAAGCCGCUGGAAUCGAUCAUCAACGAGCAGCUUUACCCCAGCAAGAUGAAUCAGAAGCACAUGCUGUCUCGCUGCAACAUCAGGGUCAAGAAAGUGCUUACUCGUCUACGGUCCUUUCCAUGAUGCACAACCCAAUGGAAUAUCACGGAGCGGCUGGACAUGGGAGCACUUCUCUGAUUGACGAAACAAAUCCUUGGAAUCAUCGCAACCCUUGGUCUCAGCCGUCUCAGCAACCGAACGCGCCGCAAAUGGCGAGUCACCAUCAUCAUGGCCUAGCACACGGUGUCUCUGCCGUCGCUGCUGCCGCUGCCGUCGCUAAUACAGCCGCCGGCGCUUCUCAACCUUCGACUGCUUUCAAUGAGGGUUUCUCAACUUCGAACGGAUACUUCUCUCCAGAGCUAUACUAUCCUGGUCAAUUUGGGGGUGGCGCUGGACUUAGAGGUCUCACACUGUGA